AUGGAGCGUUACGGUCAGCCGCCUUUGAGCGCUGUCCCUGUGUCCGAGUUCAGGCAAAAUGAGGGUUCAUUAACAUCAACUUUAAGAACACUUCUCUUCUUCACAGCUCUAAUGAUCACAUUACCAGUUGGGCUAUAUUUUUCAUCAAAGGCUUAUGUAUUUGAAGGUACCUUAGGAAUGUCCGACAGAGACAGCUAUUUUUAUGCUGCCAUAGUUGCUGUAGUUACUGUUCAUGUGGUACUUGCUCUCUUUGUGUAUGUAGCAUGGAAUGAGGGCUCUCGACAGUGGCGGGAAGGCAAACAGGACUAGUAUGAAGAUCAUCUGAUACCUACAGACUGUAAAUCAAAUUUUUGUGACCUGAAGGAAAAGCAUUCUUCACAAUGUAUGAUACCCAUGUACAAAGAUGAGGCUAAUGAUGCCUCGACUCAGGUUAGAAUAACACUUGUGCUCAUC